AUAAUAAAAAUUUUUCAAUCUUUAUAAUAAAAAUAUGAUUUUAUAAAAUAUGCAAUGACUUUGUAAUAGAAUUAAUAAAAUAUUAUUAAAAUUUUUAAGAUUUCAUACAUUUUUAAUAAUGUAACUAAUAACUAUAUAUAUAAAUAUAUAUAUAUGUAUAUAUAUUAUGAAUGUAUAUUAUAUAUGUAUAUUAUUUAUGAAAAAUAUAAGAUAUUUGAAACUUAUUAAAUUUUUGGUAAAAAUUUAAUAAUUACUAAAAAAAACAAUUAAUUAAUAUAGUUUAAUUAAAUGAAUUAUUAUGCAAUAAUGUUUUCAAUAUAAUAUUAUAAAUAAUAUUAAAUAAAAUACCAGUGGUUGUUAUGACAACUAUAAAUAUAUAUGUAUAAGUAUUUAGAAUUAGUUGCUAAGAAACUAAUAAAGUAUUUAUCAAUGGCGCCUGAAGAAUGGUUGAAUUUUAUUCAAAAUGCUACGAAAACGGCAAUAAUUCAAGAUGGAAAAAGAAAAGUUCAUUUUUUAAUGGAAGAUGGCAGAGAAAUGGUAGAAGAAUAUCAUUUGGAAACUAAUGUGUUAAUAAGAAGAGCAUGGAAGGAAAAAGGUAAACUUGGACAAGAUAUAGGUUGGAAUGUUGAAAUUGGAGAUCCUGAACCCAAACAAAAUAAUAUUGAUAUUUGUGGAAUUCAAGAAAGUUCAAGCGCUCCAUUUAUUACAAGAAGAGUUACAAAGACUUCACUUGAAUGGCGGAUAAGAAAUUUGCCAUAUCCGCAAAAUGUAUAUUCUGUAACUGCAGAAGAUGAUGGAACAAUAACAAUUCGUACUACAAAUAAAAAAUAUUUUAAGAAGAUAAGAAUUCCAGAUUUAGAACGUGCUGGAUUAAAACCAGAACAGGAUAGAAUAACUUUUACACAUCAAUACAGUACACUAAUUAUUACGUAUAAGAAACCACCUGCACUUCUGGAAUUAGAAAGAAAAGUGUUGAAUGAAAUAUUACAAUUAAAAGCAAAAAAAGAUGGUGACAUACAGUGUCCAACAAGUUAAUAAAAUUUUUCUUUGUAAAAA